AUGAACUCGACUACGGACAUUUCGUCCGCGACGUCUCCACACGCGAGAGGGGACCCACCGAACGACAUUCGCGUUGAAGAGGCCAUUGAUCGCGUCCACCCAUCGUCUUCGCGGAGUCCUCCUCUGGAUGCACGUGACGACCACGAGAACUACGACCUGUUCGGCUGCGGCCUCAGCGGUGAGCAGGUCACUCGAGUCGAGGCAGAAGAAGCUGAGCCCGUGGCCGACACUGCCCCAAUAGAAGAAGGGGGUGCCGGGGAGGUACCCAUGUCAUUCAUCGAGCCAGCGUUCACUGCCCAUAACGACCUCUUUCCGCCACUGACGGACCAACCCGACCAAACACCCGAGAAAUGCAGUCACAGUGGCCAUAACGGUAGUAGUAGCAGCAGUAGUAGUAGUACUGAUGAUCGUACGACUAUGAUUGCUACUGCUGGUGCGACUGAAGGCAGCAACGUGUUGCCACACGAAGCACUUUCCAGUUCGAACCGUAAUGCACUGCAGGUGGCCUCGACUGCCAAUCAACUGACUUCGUCAUUGGCGUACAAGAUGGCAGGCAAUGCCGUGGACAUUGUCGCCGUAAAGAACACAGACGGAACAUAUUUGACAACGUCGUGGCACGUGUCGUUCUCGUGGUCACGCUUUCGAACGAGUUUUGCUGCAGGUGUGGGGGACAAGGUCCGGAUUUUGGUCAAUGGUAAAGAGUUGCCGACUAAAAUGGAGCUGCUCGACCGCGGGAGAUGUACUUUUAUCACGGGGGGCUUGAUGCUUCCACCCGAAGACCUGCUCUUUGCCGACCUGACGGACAAACAGCCAAAUCUGGUGCGGUUUGAGCACGUGCACAAGUAUACAAACACUGUCCGGUACGUGGAUGCAAAGCUGCAUUUGUGGGGACCGAAUGAAUCGGUUGUUGUGGUUGACUUGGACGGCACGCUGACGAUCAGUGACGUGGAAGGACACAUCCGUACGUUGCGCCUCGGCCAGUAUGACUUCCUGCAUGCGGGAGCUUGUGACUUUUUUACAAAGUUGCACGAGCUGGGGAUGCGAAUCGUGUAUCUCACCGCACGCCCACUCGACUGGGCUUCCGCCUCGCGAACACAUUUGGAGAAUGCAGUGCAACAAUCCAUUUCAUUACCGCCGGGGGUCCUCAUUACAAACUCAACUGGCCUCACAGGUGCGCUGUUCACAGAAGUGGUGAAUCGCACACCGCACCUGUUCAAGAUCCAAGUGCUGAACGAGCUGCAGCUCACGCUGAUCCAUGCUGGUCGAAUCAUUGAGCAACCAGUGUUCGUCGCAGGCUUCGGCAACCGACCCACUGACAUUGUGGCGUACGAGGAGGUGGGUAUGGAUCCCAGCCUCAUCUUCAUGCUAGAUCCGUACUCGAACGUCAAGGCCGUGUCCGACCCACGUGUUUACGAAUCGUACAGCGACCCGAACGUGCUGCUGUGGCUGCUGCCCAAGCUGAAGCACCGUGUACCUGUGGAGAAGGUUGGUCGCAUCGACGACUACACAGUGCGUGAGCUCGUGUUAGCUGAUGAUCGUGAACAACUACGCAUGGCUGAGCUGCAGGCGCGUCGUCUGCAGCAAGAAGAGAUCGAGCUAGCCCGUCAGGAGUCCGAAGAAGCCCGAGUGGCUUUGACCAAUUCUUUGCGCGCUAGCAGCAGGAGCCUUUUGCCGUAG